AAUUAAUAUAGGAAGCAAAUACAGAAAUUUUAUUAAACUAGAUUUUCAGUAUAUUUAUUAUUUCGUGACGGAAUAAAAUUUAUAAAUGAUUACAUAUCAUCGCUUCGUCUGCUUUACUCUUUUCUUUUUCAAAUUCAUUUUUAUUUUUGUCUUCAUGCAAGUGAUAAACACUAAAGAGUAAGACUAAAAGACUAUCGUAAUCGAUCCUUAAUCCAAAUUUUCGCGCUCGAUUCGUCUUUGCUGUAUCUCCCGGAGCUUGGGCGGAGGAGAUGAAAAGCGUGUUGUUGUGGGUUGCGGUGGUCGUGUGCUUGCUAUGUUCAGUCACGGCGGUGAUUCGGAGCGGAUCUAGCGAUGGAUUUGGGAAACCCAUAGAUACUGAUACUGCGAUAUCUUUGCUGGAGUAUAAAUUGAUGGCGCCUUCGGUUCCAAUGGUACCUCUCACCUUGAUUCGAGGAGCUGACUCUAAAGGAGCUGUGUGCUUAGAUGGGACACUACCUGGUUAUCAUUUAGAUCGUGGUUUUGGAUCAGGUGCUAACAGUUGGCUUAUCCAGCUUGAGGGUGGAGGAUGGUGUAACAACCAUAGGAGCUGUGUUUAUCGCAAAACAAGUCGGCGUGGUUCCUCUAAAUUCAUGGAAAAAGCUUUGGCCUUCACUGGAAUUUUGAGCAAUAAAUCUGAAGAGAAUCCUGACUUCUUUAAUUGGAACAGGAUCAAGUUGCGCUACUGUGAUGGUGCGUCUUUCUCUGGCGAUAGUCAGGACGAGAGUUCUCAACUUUUCUAUCGAGGACAACGAAUCUGGCAAGUGGCUAUGGAAGAAUUCCUGUCUUUAGGAAUGAAGCAAGCAAACCAGGCUCUGCUUUCUGGAUGUUCAGCUGGAGGAUUAGCUUCCAUUUUGCACUGUGAUGAGUUCAGGGAACUAUUACCUAGUUCCACGAAAGUAAAAUGCUUAAGUGACGCUGGAAUGUUUCUGGAUGCAGUAGAUGUCUCUGGUGGCCACUCACUUAGGAAUAUGUUCCAAGGUGUUGUUACAGUGCAGAACCUCCAAAAGGACUUGUCCAGUACUUGUACAAACCAUUUGGAUCCUACUUCGUGCUUCUUUCCACAGAACCUGGUUUCAGACAUUAAAACCCCAAUGUUUCUUCUCAACACAGCAUAUGACUCUUGGCAGAUCCAAGAGAGCUUAGCUCCUCCAACUGCUGAUCCAGGUGGCAUCUGGAAGGCAUGCAAAUCAGAUCACUCGCGAUGUAAUUCAUCGCAGAUCCAAUUUUUCGAAGAAUUCAGGACCCAAAUGGUGCUUGCUGUAAACUCAUUUUCAAACUCUGACCAGAACGGUCUUUAUAUAAACUCUUGCUUCGCCCAUUGUCAGACAGAAAGACAGGACACUUGGUUUGCUCAAGAUUCUCCUCAACUAAACGGAAAGAGAGUAGCAGAGUCUGUAGGUGACUGGUACUUCGACCGGGCAAACAAUGUCAAAGCCAUCGACUGUCCUUACCCGUGUGACACAACAUGUCACAAUCUGAUUUUCGAUUUUGAUCAGUCAGCUCUAGAGAUCUCAGCUUCUUCAAGGUUUUGUUUUCCUCUCUUUAGAGCUUCUCUGGUCCCUCUAGUGUUGACAAAACUCAUUCUCCGAUUCUUAGUUUAGUAGGUAUAGUGAAAAGCCUUAUGCUUUCAUACCUCAUUUUUUAAUAACCAAUUGAUUCAAAUGUCGAGUAUAGGUAGCGACAAAAUCCAUGUCAUUACAUAGAAUAGAAUUUCAAAAAGAGAACAAAAGAAAAAGAGCAUAUUCCUUUA